AUGGAUUGUGGCGAAAAUUUUAGUCUGGUAGUCAAACCAACUACUAUUCAUACAGUGCUCAAUUUGGCUCUCUCUAGAGCAUGGCCUAUUAGUCAGCUUGAUGUCAAAAAUGCAUUUUUGCAUGGAGAAUUGAAGGAAACUAUGUACAUGCAUCAACCCAUGGGGUUUAAGGACCCGCAACAUCCCAAUUAUGUUUGCUUGUUGUGGAAAUCUUUAUAUGGGCUUAUGCAAGCUCCACGGGCCUGGUACAAGCGAUUUGCAGAUUAUGUUUCUUCUAUUGGAUUCUCUCACAGCAAGUCUGAUCAUUCUCUCCUCAUCUACCGUAAAGGUACAAAUAUGGCUUAUAUUUUGCUGUAUGUGGAUGAUAUAAUCUUGACUGCUUCUUCUGAUGCCCAUCGCAAGUCUAUCAUGACCCUUCUCAAUUCAAAAUUUGCUAUGACAGACUUGGAACCUUUAAGUUAUUUCUUGGGUAUAGCUAUAACCCGUCAUGCAGGUGGUCUAUUCUUAUCUCAGAAGAAGUAUGCACAAGAAAUCAUAGAACGUGUUGGCAUGUCAUCUUGUAAGCCAUCUCCUACACCGGUUGACAUGAAACAAAAAUUGAGUGCUAAUACUAGCACACCUUAUGAUGUUCCUUCACAUUAUCGCAGCCUUGUCGGAGCCCUAAAAUAUCUCACAUUCAUGAGGCCUGACAUUUCUUAUGCUGUGCAGCAAAUUUGCUUAUUCAUGCUCAACCCAAUGGAAGAACACAUGCAUGCACUUAAGCGCAUUGUGCGCUAUAUUCAGGGCACUUUGGAUCAUGGCUUGCAUCUUUAUCCAUCCUCGACUGAUAUUUUGGUUUCUUAUACCGAUGCUGAUUGGGGUGGAUAUCUCGAUACCAGACGCUCGACAUCUGGUUAUUGUGCGGAACUCGACACCAAGAUAACAAAUUUCGAUGCUGCUAGGGCUGAGAUCGAUCACCUGAAGGUAGAGAAAAAUGUUUCUGAGGCCGAGGCUGAGCGCCUGAGGGAAGAGAAGGAUUCUGCCUUCAGAAUUCUUGAAGACGAGAAGAAGCGUCUCACUGAGGAGUUCAAGAUCAAGAAAGACUGA